GCUCAUCCGAUCCGUGCAGCCGCAGCUCGUGUGUCAAGUUACAGAGACGCCGGAAUCGGCCCCAGCGCUCCUCCGCAGCGGCCACGACCCACCUCUGCCCAUGGGGCCCUCUAAUCGCGCCCCUUCGCUCCGGGACUGAAACUGGCUCGCCGGGAAGACGCGAGACACCAAGAAGCACCGACUGUGCAGAAUCAACUCGAGGACUCUGCAGACACUUGAAGGGAAAGACGGGGCGGAGAGAAGUGCCGGCCAGAUUCCCCUAACUUUCCCGGACUUGGAACGCUCCUCGAAGUAACUUUUUCUCACCUGGGCGUACCCCGAUUACGGCGGCUUGUGUUUUCUCGGCUUCCCCUCUCUUGCUGCUAAUUUUUCCAUACUCUUUGCCGGGAGUAAAGGAAAGGGACAUUUUCCAGCCACACAAGCCCUUUCCCCCCUGCCCUGCAGCUUGGAUCGAGCCUUUGGGCAGUGGCUCUCUCCUUUAUUUAUUCUAUUUAUUUAUUUAUUGAUUUUCAAGACGCGAGGGGAUGGUAGCGGAGCGCACCCGAAAAGCGGCAGCUGCCGGUGCCCGAGGCCCUGGGGAGCUGGGCGCUCCCGGGACGGUGGCUCUGGCGGUGGCGCCGGCUGAGCGCUGCGCGCGGCUGCCCAGCCCGGGGUCGUGCGGGCUGCUGGCGCUGACCCUGUGCUCGCUCGUGCUCAGCCUGCUCACCCACUUUCGGACCACGGAGCUGCAGGCCCGGGUGCUGCGCCUGGAAGCAGAGUGUGGGGAGCAGCAAAUGGAGACAGCUAUUUUGGGACGAGUCAACCAACUGCUGGAUGAGAAAUGGAAGCUCCAUUCUCGGAGGCGCCGGGAGGCCCCGAAGACAUCUCCAGGGUGUCAUUGCCCACCAGCUUCUGACAUAUUGUAA